AUGUGCAAAUAUUUUACGGAUACUCACGUGUUCUACGGAAAGACUGAUUUUUUCGUUACAAAAGGAUUUACCACUGAACUCUUGAUAGAAUCACCACCCAUGAAACUUCUCCUGUUCCUAGUUUUUAUGUCCACACUACUGGACCGUAGCUACACCUCACAGAACUGCACCAACACAUGCCAUGAACAUGCCAAAUGUGAAGUUCGUAAUGGAGUCCAAGGCUGUUAUUGUAAUCCAGGAUUCACUGGCCCUGGCAUAACUGGACCUGACAAAACUGGUUGUUACGAUGACAAUGAAUGUGCAAAUGCUACACAGCUUUGUGGAGAAAAUGCUAACUGUACAAAUACAGUGGGAAGUUACUUCUGCACGUGUGCCCCCGGAUUCAGAUCUAGCAAUGGCAAUGCAACUUUUGUAACUAACGAUGGGUCUUCUUGUGAAGAUAUAGAUGAGUGCAGUGAAGCGGUAACCGUUGCCUGUGGAGAUCAUGCAAAAUGUGAAAAUUUGGAUGGAGGAUAUAACUGCUCCUGUAAGGAAGGUUAUCAACCAUCCACAGGAAAAUUACAGUUUAAACCAAACGAUGGCACUUCCUGCCAAGAAAUCCCAGCACCAGAAUGUGAACUGCACCAUGACUGUGUAGCUGAAAAUAUAAACAGAACCUUAGCUAAACUCAGAAAAAUAAAAGAACCACUUGCUGUUCUACAAGAAAUCAAUCAAAACACUUUAGGACAAAUUUCACCCAUAGAUGUGAUUUCCUACAUAGAAGCAUUAUCUGUAACUUGUCCUUUGAUAAGAACCAUGAAUAACACGAUUUCUGAUGAGGAAACACUUCCUAAUCUAACUCUUAAUGCAUUUGUCAACACUGUGAACAAUUUUGUUCAAAAAGAUAAAAUUACAGCAUGGGAAGCUAUCCCAACAGAUAACAGAAGAAGGAGUCUCACUAAACUGAUUCAUGCUGCGGAACAAACAACAGCUCUUGUGUCACAGAACUUCAGAAGGAUGACAGAAGUUGAGGUUAAUGCUAGCGAUUUGGCUUUCAAAGUUUUUGCCUUUGAGAUUCAACGAAUGGACCACAUUCACCAACAUGUGUGCAUGGGAGGCGAUACUAUAAAGAUCUCUGCAAGGAAGAAGGAGGCAUCAACUUCCAAUGGCACUGUUGCAGUUGUGUUUCUGCACUACAGCAGUAUUGGCUCUCUGUUUUCAUCACCACGGAACUUCUCAUCGAAGGAAAAUCCAGAGCCUGAAGAGACAGUAGCCUCAUCAGUUAUAGCUGUCACAAUUAGCUCCACUCCACCUAUGCUCUACCCAACUGAGAAAAUAACAUUUACUUUAAAACAUGUCCAGGAUAUAGGCAAAAUGGGUAUUAAAUGUGCAUUUUGGAAUUAUUCAGAAGACACAAUGGAAGGAAACUGGUCUACAGAAGGAUGUGAGACAAUACAUUUCAAUAGAACUCAUACCUCAUGCAGAUGUAAUCAUCUGACUCAUUUUGCUGUUUUGAUGUCCUCAAAUGACUCUGAUGUUGAUGUCAAGGAUUAUAUUCUUACAAGAAUCACUCAGCUAGGAAUAAUUAUCUCGUUGAUUUGCCUCUCCAUGUGCAUUUUCACAUUCUGGUUCUUUAGUGAAAUUCAAAGUACAAGAACAACAAUUCAUAAAAAUCUCUGUUGCAGUCUUUUCCUGGCAGAGCUUAUUUUUCUUGUUGGGAUUAACAUGAGCACUAAUCAGCUAUUCUGUUCAAUCACCGCAGGAUUACUCCAUUACUUCCUCUUAGCUGCUUUUGCAUGGAUGUGCAUUGAAGGCAUUCACCUUUACCUGAUAGUUGUCGGAGUAAUGUACAAUAAGGGAUUCCUUCACAAGAAUUUCUAUAUCUUUGGCUACGUGAGCCCAGCAGUGGUUGUUGGAAUUUCUGCUGCACUGGGAUACAAAUACUAUAGAAGAACUGAUGCAUGUUGGCUCAGCACAAAGAAUAACUUUAUAUGGAGUUUUAUAGGACCAGCAUGUCUAAUAAUUCUUGUGAAUUUGAUGGCUUUUGGAGUGAUUAUCUAUAAAGUAUUUCGGCAAACAGCUAUGUUAAAACCAGAAGUGAGCUGUUAUGAAAAUAUAAGGUCUUGUGCACGAGGGGCACUUUCUCUCCUCUUUCUCCUUGGUGCAACCUGGAUCUUUGGAGUACUCCACGUUAUCCAGGGAUCAGUGGUCACUGCGUAUCUUUUUACAAUCUUUAAUGCCUUUCAAGGACUGUUCAUCUUCAUAUUUCUUUGUGUUUUGUCACGAAAAAUCCAGGAGGAAUACACUCGGUUGUUCAGAAAUGUCCCUUGCUGUUUUAGAUGCUUGAGAUAAACGGAUAGAAUGUUAAGAUGAGCAGUGCCAUGGAAGAAAGGAGAAAACGAGCGGCUUUGGAAGGAAAAUGCUAUAUUGUGAAAGUAUGAAAUGAACUUCUGAGCUGUCAUCUCUCUUAAAUCAAUUACUUUCUCUCCAGUAUAGGUAUUGUACUUAAAUGCACACUCAGGCACAUUAUAUUGUGUACAAACAGCAUAUCUGUACAAGAUAGACUGGUUUAUUGUAUAACAAAUUAGGCUUCUAAAGGAGCCCAGGACUCUUUAGGGCUAAUGGCUGCAGCUCAGAAGGGAGCAAACCCAAUGUGCAAAGCAGUUUUUGUGAGUAGCUGUGCUAUUAAUGUCAUACCUGCUGACUCGGUAAUGAAAAUAAUUUUGCUUAUUGGUGUUUAAAGAGAGUAAAUUCUAUUAGAGUGUUAAUAAACAGAA